AUGCCAGUAUUCACAGUAAAGGUAAAAUGGGGCAAAGAAGUAUACCCAGACGUGGAGAUAAACACAGACGAACCACCUCUUGUGUUCAAGGCACAACUAUUUGCCUUAACUGGUGUCAAUCCCAACCGCCAGAAAGUAAUGAUGAAAGGUGGCACCCUAAAAGAUGAUGUUUGGGGCAACAUACAAAUAGUCGAAGGUCAGAAUAUACUGAUGAUGGGCAGCAAGGAUGAGGAUGUACCCAUAGAGCCUACAGUCAAGCCAACGUUUGUUGAAGAUAUGACUGAAACACAAUUGGCCACAGUUACCAAUAUGCCUGCGGGUCUUACCAAUUUGGGUAAUACUUGUUACUUGAAUGCUACUGUUCAGUGCCUCAAGACUGUACCUGAAUUACGGCAAGCCCUAAGUGAUUUUAACGCAGCAUGUAAGUAUAUAAAAAAGUUCUCAUUUUUAUUUUACACAUUUACCUUCUGUAUUUUAGCAUCUUCAUCUCUGUCUAAUUUUGAACCGGCUGAGAAAAUCACAAUUGCAAUGAGUGAUUUAUAUCGAACUAUGGAAUCUCAUCAAACAAUUCCACCUCUUGUACUUUUACAAGUAUUACAUCAAGCAUUCCCCAGAUUUGCAGACAAAGUAGAAGGGCAUUAUAUGCAACAGGAUGCUAAUGAAUGUUGGGUAGAACUUAUUCGUAUGCUACAACAAAAGUUACCUGCGUUGAAAAAUGAUAAGUCAACCACUAAUUACAAGUCUGUAAUAGAUCAAUUUUUUAGUGGUUCAUUUAAUGUUGAAUGGAAAUGUGUAGAAAGUGAUACUGAAGAAGUAACCAAAACUACAGAGUCAUUUUUGCAGUUGAGUUGUUUUAUAUCUCAAGAUGUCAAGUAUAUGCACUCUGGUUUGAAAAAUAGAAUGCAAGAGCACAUUACUAAACAUUCUCCAAUACUCGGGAAAGAUGCUGUUUAUACAAAAACAUCAAAAAUCAGUAGACUGCCAGCAUACCUGACUAUUCAGUUUGUGCGAUUCUUUUACAAGGAAAAAGAUAAAAUUAAUGCAAAAAUCUUAAAAGAUAUUAAAUUUCCAAUUGAAUUUGAUGCAUUUGAAUUGUGUACACCAGAACUACAAGAAAAACUCGUACCCAUAAGAAGCAAAAUAGAGGAGUUAGAGAACAAAUUGGCUCAUGGCGGUGUAAAACCAAGUGCAAAACAGUUGGCAGAAUCAAAACAAGAAAAACCUACAGCUCCAUAUUGGUUUCAAGAUGAUUAUGGUUCAAAUAACUCUGGUUACUACUCCCUUCAGGCUGUUUUAACACAUAAAGGUAGAUCAAGCUCUAGUGGCCAUUAUGUUGGCUGGGUUAGAGAGUCCCCAACAUCUGAAAAAUGGAUCAAAUGUGAUGAUGAUACAGUAACACCAGUUACAACUGAAGAAAUCCUUAAACUAUCUGGCGGAGGUGAUUGGCAUUGUGCAUAUGUUCUUCUUUAUGGUCCAAAACUCCUACCAGUGGAUACUUCAUCUGUAUCUAGCUGAGCUUGUUCAACUUAAUUAGUUUUCUUUCACCAAAACAAAAAAAAAGAGAAAGAAAAAUCAUUGUAAAAAUUGUUUUUUUUUUUUUUUAGAAAAAAAAAAGAAUAUAUAUCAUGGAAGAUUAUAAAUUAACAUUCACAAUAUUGUCAAAAUAAUUUAUUUAAAAUACAGUUUUUUUUUUAUAUUGAUA